AUAUAUCCACGUAUUGCAGUUCCCAAGAAGACCCAUGAUCGACCCCACACACUACCGUGUCUGUACCAGCCUUUGUGCUCUCAUUCAUCACCUAGAAUUCAAACCCGCCUGCCUACUUUAUUUGUUAAAUAAAUAAAUAAAUAAAGGAUCAAUUCAAUUGGAAUUUGUAAUAACUUGGAUUGGAGUCUUUGGUUUUGACAUUUGUUAAAGGACCAGAGUAUACAAUUCUUGAUUACUCAUAAUUUGUGUACUUAUAUUAUAGAGAAAGAGAGAGAAGAAGAUGUCAGGUGAUCUGGAAUCUAUAUCAGAGGCGACAUCUGGAGCCAUUGGAGCUUUAGUUAGCACUACUAUUUUGUAUCCUCUUGAUACCUGCAAAGCUAAGUAUCAAGCUGAGGUUCAAGCUCACGGUCUCCGUAAAUACAGGAAUAUCUCUGAUGUUCUGGUGGAGGCAGUAUCAAGUGGUAAGAUCCUGUCACUGUACCAAGGUCUGGGAACCAAGAACUUGCAAUCUUUCAUUGCGCAGUUUGUGUAUUUCUACGGAUAUAGCUACUUUAAGAGACUCUAUUUGGAGAAAAGUGGUUCCAAAUCCAUUGGAACUACAGCCAAUUUGUUAAUUGCAGCGGCAGCUGGUGCUUGUACAGCCAUAACAACUCAGCCACUGGAUACUGCUUCCUCGAGGAUGCAGACAAGUGCCUUUGGGAAAUCAAAAGGCCUUUGGAAGACACUUACAGAAGGUAGUUGGAGUGAAGCAUUUGAUGGCCUUGGGAUUUCUUUACUGUUGACUUCCAACCCUGCCAUUCAGUAUACAGUUUUUGAUCAACUCAAACAACGAUUGCUGAAAGGUAAACAGAAGACAACAGGGAAAGACACAUCGCCUAUUGUACUUUCUGCAUUCUCAGCUUUUGUGUUAGGUGCACUGUCAAAGAGCAUAGCCACUGUUCUGACCUAUCCAGCGAUCAGGUGUAAGGUCAUGAUUCAAGCAGCAGACGAUGAUGAGGAUAAGAAGGCUGAACCAAAAUCAAGUAAGACAAUCAGCAAUGUCAUAUGCUCUAUCUGGAAGAAAGAAGGAAUCUUGGGUUUCUUCAAGGGAUUACAUGCUCAAAUCCUCAAAACAGUGUUGAGCUCAGCAUUGCUUCUAAUGAUCAAGGAAAAGAUCUCUGCCACAACUUGGGUCCUCAUACUAUCACUUAGGAGAAUUCUGCUGGUCAGGCCGAGAAGGCUAAAAAGUGCUUAAAAAUUGCAGUCAGCUGAGCUGAUUGCGUGUAAAAAAAAGGUCUAUAUGACAAAUCAGAAGAAAGAAAGUUAAUUUGGAAGGUUGCAGUCUUAGUUAGUUUCGAGGGGGGGAGAAGGCUCCCUGUUAAACGGUGUUCAGGUCCAUGGCAUACAGAUGAAAUUACUGUCAUCAAGGUGGCUCAAGCAAGUUGAUGAAUUCAAGAGGAAUAAUAUGAUAGUUUUUGGUCUUCCUAGAAGAGAAUAAUCUGACAAGAAAAUUUUUAUUUUAUUUAUUUAUUUAGAAACGUUAGAAUAAUGUGGUUAAGUAAUCUGUUUCUAGUUGCUUUGAACAAUUAGGUUCUCUAGAAGAAGAAGAACGGGGUUUGCUUCUGGCAGCAACAUGCUUGACCGGCCCCGUCCGGCUUCCAAAGUUUUUGUGGUACUUGUCAACUUUGGAUCCUUGUUACUUGCCCAAGCAUUGCCCAAAUAGGUUCUUUCAUGUGACUUGCCCAAGCAUUGCCCAAAUAGGUUCUAUCUCUCAUUACAUUCCAACUACUAUAUUAUUGGAUUUACAGGAA